CAGGAGGUGCCACGGACGACCCGCCUGCGCGCAGAGGUGGGCGGCGACCUCUUCCGCGCCCAGAAGUACGUGCUGGCCUUGGCCCGGUACUCGGCGGCCAUCGCCCUCCUGGAGCCAGCCCGCGAGUCGGCGGACCCAGCGACGCUUGCGCGCAUGGACGAGCUCUGCCGCGUGUGCGAGUUGAACAAGGCUGCGUGCAUGCUGAAGACUGGCGACUUCGGCGGCGCGGCCGCCGCCUGCCAGCUGGUGCUGCAGCAGGAGCCAAACAACGUCAAGGCCCUGUUCAGGCGUGCCUCCGCGCAGAUGGCCCGCGGGGAGAAGGCCGAGGCGGCCGCGGGGCUGCGCCGCCUCCUGGAGCUGGAGCCCCUGAACCUGGACGCGCGGCGGCUGCUGGCGCGGACGGAGCGGAAGGAGCCCGCGGCGGCGCCCCGGGCCGAGGGCGACGCCGAGGGCGUGGCCGGGAACUCGGGCGGCCGGGGCGUC